AUGGAUGAUGUUGCCCUGGACAACAGAAGCCCCAAUGCGUUGGAAAGCAACCACACGCUCGCUGGGGAGAUUGGCCGAGAGCAAGAACCAAGCACAACCCAACGCAAGAAACCUCCCUCGUUCUACUUGUCGAUGCUUAUGCUUUCCCUGAUCACGAUCAUCGUCUCAUGGGACGCAACGGCACUCUCAGUAGCACUGGCGACCAUCACCAGUCCAUUACAGGGCACAACGUUCCAAUCCUUCUGGGCAAGUAUUGCUUUCACCCUGGGUGUGGCCGUGACGCAACCCAUCUAUGCCAGCGUGUCGGAUGUCCUGGGUCGCAAGCUACCUUUGUACGUCGCGAUGGAGGGGGUGGCUUGGACGUGCUCGAGACGAUCAUUCUCACCGAUAUCACCACCUCUUGAUGCAGCCAAGUCCAUUCUCCCGUUCUGUCUUCUUCUUGUGGCGUUGAGUAUCAUCACAUCGGUGGUGAUAGACUGGACCCGUCGAUAUCGGCUAGCUUUCUGGCUGGGUUGGAUCCUGACUACCGUGUUCUUGGGUCUCUUAUAUCGGGUCGGCCGAGAUACCAGCCGAGCGGAGUUGACUACCUUCCAGGUGUUUCUAGGGAGCGGUAUCGGCAUCAUUCUAACCGCCGGCACCGUCGCCAUGCUGGCCAGUGUGACCCGCGUGGAUGAUGCCGGACUAGCCGUGGGGCUCCUUCUUGUGUUUCGCAUUCUGGGCUCCCUCCUGGGCCUCGCGAUCGCCUCGACCGUCUUCAGCUCUAUUUUCCAGAAAAGCAUAGCGGCGAUUGGUACUUUGCCGGGGUCCUUGAGCAUUCUGAAGGAUUCGAGUCGAGCGGUUGACUUCAUCCCGGAGUUGCGAACUCUGGAUCUGUCUAAUGAUGUGAUGGAUCGAGUAAUUGAUGCCUACCAGAAAACGUUCCAGGCGAUCUGGCUCGUCCUAGCAUGUAUCGCGGCACUGGCUUCGCUCAUAUCAUUCUUGAUUAGACAUCUGACCCUGGAAAAAGAGGAAGUUGGCAGGCAGGGGUUCCAGUCGUCUUCAUAA